AUGGACGGAGGGCCACCGCAGCCGCAGCAGGAUGAUUGCGGUGACGCCGAGCGCGCGCGCUCUAUGUGGAGGCACCUGCCGCUGCUGGUGCGCGCCAGCUCGAAAGAUUCGGUGGAGUAUAUCCUCCAGGCGCUGUGGCGUACUCGGGCGACGGGCCUCGACUCCGCCGACCGUGCUAUCGUCCGGGGCAUGCUCCAGCUCCAAUCUGAUGCCGCCCUCGAUCCCGUACGCCCUCUCCACCCUGCCUUUUCUCCUCCGUCUUCCCCCCUAAUAGUUUAUCGCCAUGUGGAGUGGGGGACUUGUCAACUGUCUCUGGUGUUUUUCCACAUUAAUCAGUGGGAUUUCUCCUGCAGCUUCUGGUGUGCCUCCGGAUGCUGAUACGCAGGUGCGUCUAUGGGAAUGUCCCCAGAGACGAGAUCCAAAAGCUGUUUCCAGAGGAGGUAACGCCUGAGAUCCAGAGGCUGCUCACUCUGCUGUUGCAGAAGUUUCAGAGGGAGUGGCGUGAGGACGCCCACAAAGACCAGGUUCGGCCGACUGCUACAACCCUCUCAGGAUUACAGAUUCGGCAUCUCCCUCUCCCCGCCCUCCCGAUAGGGGGAGCAACCCAUCUUCUUCUUCACAAAUUUCCCGAUGUUUUAGGUCUCUAUUCCACGCUUGAAGGCAAUGACAUGGAACAUGGUGGAUCAGAACACGGAAUCCGGCGGCCAUGUCGCCGUGCUUAACUUGAAGGUGUGCCGUCGAGCUCAUCGAAUACCCUGUCGUUCCCCUGUUUAGCCUAAUAUUGAAUAUCCGCCCUCUGCAAGUCUACUCAGUUAGCUUGUUGGAGUUGAGCUGAACAUUGUGUGAUUCAGCACCAUUUCUUACCUCGCCAAUCUGAAAAAAAAACUGCACAUUCUACUCUGGAGCUUGCUCAAUCAUGAACUUCAUUAACUUUUUUUUCUUGUUAAACUAGUGUUAAUAAACACCAAAACCAAACGAGUGGAUUCCAUCUCUCUCGACUGGAAAGGUAUUCUGUAUAUGAAGCUUAAUUUUCAUCUGCAGCUUCAAGGUGACGCGCAGUCUCUAUCUAAAGACACAGAGGUGAAGGUCCAACUAACCAAGGAUACUCUGCAAACGAUGUUGAAGUCCAUGUUCUGCAUCAGAGACCAGCUAUAUAGUGCCGUAAGUGCAUGA